AUGGCGAUCCGAAAACCGGCUAUACACACGGCGGCACUCAAGCAGAUUGUGAAGCGCUGCUCCAGUCUAGGGCGGAAGCAAGAGGCCGCGGUGGCGGCGACUGCGACGGCUGGAUUUGACGAUGUUCCCAAGGGACAUUUCGCCGUCUACGUCGGCGAGAAUCGGAGCCGAUAUGUCGUCCCGAUCUCGCUCUUGACUCACCCCGAUUUUCAGUGCCUCCUCCGCCUUGCCGAGGAGGAAUUCGGUUUCCACCACCACAUGGGCCUUACUAUCCCUUGUGAAGAGGUGGUUUUCCGCUCACUCACCGCCGCUCUCAAAUGAACCAACCACCACUAAAAUGCACAAAUUCCACUUUUUUUUUUUCCUUCUCUCUUGGAGAAAUGAUUAUAUCUACCGACAGUUUUUCACCGUUGGAUGCACAAAAUUCUAAAUCCAACGGAUUGCAAGCCAUGUGGAAUAAUUUUUAGCUGGUUUAUUUUAUUAUUUUUAACCAUUUGAAGGUUUUUUUUUUUUU